AUGGAAGCUGUAUUAGAUUUUUCUAAAGAAUUAGAUAUAACUUUACUAGAUUCUGUGGUCGAUACUUUUUAUCGUGGUUCAGGUAAUGAACAAAAACAAGCUCAACAGAUUUUAACUAAAUUCCAAGAACAUCCUGAUGCUUGGCAACGCGCUGAUCAAAUCCUACAAUUUUCAAAGAAUCCUCAAGCUAAAUUCAUAGGUUUAUCUAUUCUAGAUAAAUUAAUAAAUACAAAAUGGAAACUAUUACCAAGUGAACAAAGAAUAGGUAUUAGAAACUUCAUAGUUGGUAUGAUCAUUUCAAUGUGUCAAGAUGAAGAAAUCUUUAAAACACAAAAGAAUUUAAUUAAUAAAUCUGAUUUGACUUUAGUUCAAGUAUUAAAACAAGAAUGGCCAGAAAAUUGGCCAGAAUUUAUCCCAGAAUUAAUUGGUAGUUCUAAUUCAUCAAUUAACGUUUGUGAAAAUAAUAUGAUUAUUUUGAAAUUAUUAUCUGAAGAAGUCUUUGAUUAUUCUGCAGAACAAAUGACUCAAAAGAAAGCUUUACAUCUAAAGGAAUCUAUGUCAAAAGAAUUCGAACAAAUCUUUAAACUAUGUUUUAGAGUCCUAGAAGAAGGUUCUUCUCCAUCAUUAGUCGUUGCGGCAUUAGAGUCUCUAUUAAGAUAUUUCCAUUGGAUUCCUUAUCGUUACAUUUAUGAAACAAAUAUCCUUGAAUUAUUAAGUACAAAAUUUUUGGCAUCUGCUCAGACUAGAGCAGUAACAUUAAAAUGUCUAACUGAAGUAUCAAGUUUGGAUAUCCCUCAGGAUAAUGCAUCAAUUAAGACUCAAACCGUUCUUUUCUUUCAAAAUACACUUCAACAGAUAGCAUCCAAUGUCAUUCCACCUACUGCAGAUCUAAAGAGUAGUUAUUCUAUGGCAAAUGGGACAGAUCAAUCAUUCUUACAAGAUUUUGCAAUGUUUUUAACUACUUAUUUAACUCAUCAUAGAAAUCUUUUGGAAAGUGACGAAAGUUUAAGAGAAUUAUUAUUGAAUGCUCAUCAAUAUUUGAUUCAGUUAUCAAAGAUCGAUGAAAGAGAAUUGUUUAAGACAACUUUGGAUUAUUGGCAUAUUUUGGUUGCCGGUUUAUUUCAGGAAGUUCAAGUACUUCCUGUUAAUGAAUUGAAUCCAUUAAUGCAAUUAUCAGUCGGAAAUCAAACUGUCUCCAGCGGAUCAGGUGCUUUAAACCCUGAAUUCAUGAAAAAAUUCCCAUUGAAAAAACAUAUAUAUGAAGACAUUUGUUCUCAAUUGAGAUGGGUCAUCAUUGAAAAUAUGGUAAGACCUGAGGAAGUCCUUGUUGUUGAAAAUGAUGAAGGUGAAAUUGUAAGAGAAUUUGUUAAGGAAUCUGAUACCAUUCAACUUUAUAAAAGUGAAAGAGAAGUAUUAGUUUAUUUGACUCAUUUGAACGUCGUUGACACAGAACAAAUUAUGGUCAGUAAAUUGGCUAGACAAAUUGAUGGCUCUGAAUGGUCAUGGCAUAAUAUUAAUACUCUAUCUUGGGCUAUCGGUUCCAUUUCUGGUACCAUGAGUGAGGACACCGAGAAGAGAUUUGUUGUCACAGUCAUUAAGGAUCUAUUAGCCUUAACUGAAAAGAAAAGAGGUAAAGACAAUAAAGCUGUAGUUGCAUCUGACAUUAUGUACGUUGUCGGACAAUAUCCAAGAUUCUUGAAAGCUCAUUGGAAUUUUUUGAAAACUGUUAUUCUAAAAUUAUUUGAAUUUAUGCAUGAAACUCAUGAAGGUGUUCAAGAUAUGGCUUGUGAUACUUUCAUUAAGAUUGUUCAAAAAUGUAAGUACCAUUUCGUCAUUCAACAAGCUCGCGAAACUGAACCAUUUAUCCACGCCAUCAUUAGGGAUAUACAGGAAACCACUGCUGAUUUGCAACCUCAACAAGUGCAUACUUUCUACAGAGCUUGUGGUAUCAUCAUAUCUGAAGAAAGAAACCCAGUGGAGAGAACAAGACUACUUAAUGACUUGAUGCAAUUACCUAAUAUGGCAUGGGAUGCAAUUGUAGAACAAUCGAUGGCCAACCCUGCAUUAUUAUUGGAUUCUGAGACAGUUAAGAUUGUUGCUAAUAUUAUCAAGACUAAUGUCGCUGUUUGUACCGCUAUGGGUGCAGACUUUUAUCCACAACUAGGUCAUAUUUAUUACAAUAUGUUACAAUUAUACAGAGCUGUUUCCUCUAUGAUAUCUAGUCAAGUUGCCACCGAAGGGUUAAUUGCCACCAAGACUCCAAAGGUUCGUGGUCUAAGAACGAUCAAGAAGGAAAUCCUGAAAUUGGUGGAAAUAUAUAUCUACCGUGCAAAGAACUUGGAUGAUGUGGUUAAGGUUCUUGUAGAGCCUCUACUAAAUGCUGUCCUAGAAGAUUAUCUAAGUAAUGUCCCAGAUGCCAGAGAUGCGGAAGUUUUGAACUGUAUGACUACUGUGGUAAAUAAAGUUGGCCAUAUGAUUCCACAAGGUGUUAUCUUAAUUCUUCAAAGUGUUUUCGAAUGUACCUUAAACAUGAUCAAUAAAGAUUUUACUGAAUAUCCAGAACAUCGUGUUGAAUUUUAUAAAUUAUUAAAAGUGAUUAAUGAAAAGUCAUUUAAUGCAUUCUUAGAAUUACCACCUGCUGCAUUCAAACUAUUUAUCGAUGCCAUUUGUUGGGCAUUCAAGCAUAACAACAGAGAUAUUGAGGUCAACGGUUUAUCGAUUGCUGUACAAUUAAUUUACAACAUCGAAAAUAUGGGUAAUACACCAUUUGCUAACGCCUUUUAUGAAAAUUUUUACUUCACAUUUAUCAGUGAAACGUUUUAUGUCUUGACAGAUUCUGAUCACAAAUCAGGUUUCUCUAAACAAUCUCUGCUAUUGAUGAAAUUAAUUUCUUUAGUAUACGAUAACAAGAUCAGUGUCCCAAUUUAUAAAGAAGGCGAAGCUCCUCAAGGUACAUCUAACCAAGUAUAUUUGAACCAGUUCCUGGCUAACAUGUUGUCUAGUGUGUUCCCACAUUUGACUACUGAUCAAGUAUCUAAUUUCUUAAGUGCAUUAACAAAACAAUACAAGGACCCAAGUAAAUUUAAUGGUAUACUGAGAGAUUUCUUGGUACAAAUUAAAGAAAUUGGUGGUGAUCCAACUGAUUACUUGUUCACAGAAGAAAAAGAAAGUGCAUUACAACAACAAAAUAAGAUGCAAAAGGAACAAGCAUCAAAGAUCGGUGGUUUAUUGAAACCAUCAGAACUUGAAGAUUGA